GUUCGACCUCGAAGUUUUAGUGCACUUACACAGUGUAGCAGCGGCAGCAGGCACAAAAUCAGGCCCCACAGCUCUCUAUCCAGUUGCAUCUCGCGAAUUUCAGAAGCAGCACCGACAUGGCGCAUGUCACCAGCGUCUUUUCCUGAAUGAAUCGCACAACACGGAUCGCCGGCCAUGGCCUGAGAAGGCCCGUCCAGACCCCUCCACGGAGCACCAGGGGCAUCGUCACAGACGCAGACGUCGUCAAGGCGAGGAAGUACUGCCAAUCGCAGCUACAGCACAGCGACUACGAUGCACACAUAAUAAGCCGCCUCGUCCCGGCACGCGCAACAGACACCUACCUCGCCCUCCGCAGCCUCAACCUCGAACUCGUCCGCCUCCCCGAGCUCGUCUCGAACCCGACCAUCGGCCAGAUGCGCAUGCAGUUCUGGCGCGACUCCAUCGACAAGACCUUUGCCGGCGCGCCCCCGGCCGAACCGAUAUGCGUACUCCUCCACCAGGCGCUGCAGGACUUGCGCGCACGCUCGCCAGGUAACGCCACGGCGAGCUCCAUCAAGUUCUGGGUGCAGCGGCUCGUCAAGACGCGGGCGAAGCACAUGGACAACAGGCCGUAUGCGUCACUGGCCGCGCUGGAGGAGUAUGCUGAGAACACGUACUCGACGCUCAUGUACGCUACGCUGGCGUCGAUGCCGCUUCGCUCCAUGCAGGUGGAUCACCUGGCGAGUCACAUUGGCAAGGCGUGCGGCAUCGUGGCCGUCCUGCGCGGUAUCCCGGUGCUGGCGGCGCCGCAGCAGCAGCCCGCGAAAUCCCAUGCCGGACCGGGCGGCGGACGACAGGAUCCCGCGCUUCUCCUCCCGCUGGAUGUCAUGGCGGAGGUCAACCUGCGGGAGGAGGAUGUCUUUCGAUACGGCCCGCAGGCAGAGGGCUUCCAGGACGCCGUGUUCAAGGUGGCUACGCGGGCCAACGACCACCUCAUUACGGCGCGGGAGAUGCUUAAGAAUCUCAAGGCUGGGCAGGAUGCCGGUCACGAGUUUGAACACCAGGGAGAGGCGGAGCACGUGUACGAGCCGGAAGAGGAUGACACGCAGCGGGACCUUCGACGAGGGUUCGGAGUGCUACUUGAGGCUGUGCCCGCGCAGGAGUACCUGACGAAUCUCGAGGGGACCAACUUUGACCCGUGGACGGUGAAGCCGAGCUGGAAACUGCCUUGGCGUCUGUGGCGUGCGACGAGCAAGAGCCAGAUCUAAGUGGCCACAAUAACAUGGUCCUGUAUAAUCACUUAUCCGACGGUGUUACAACAUCAAUGGGUUGGCUAUGUAAGAGUGCAGUGUAAGACUAGCUUGGCUUCUCGUUAAAGAGACCGUGUAAAUAAGUAAUCAUGCUCCCAUGAAGCCUAAUUACAUCUGAGCCGUGACUGAGUUGAACCGUGA